CUUGUAUUGGUAAACUAAGACAAAAGCUGGAUAGUGCCAAAUACAGCCACAAACAAGUUGUAACAAAUUGAGAGAAUCUUUAUCUCCUUAUAAUGUAUCUCAUUUUCAUUUCUUUUCAAAGGUAAUAAAGCCACAAUCAAUAGAGAAAAAGAGGAAUAUAACUCCCACUUGCAAUUUCCACUAACUCUGUUUCUUCUCUGUUUUCACUCUGUUUUUCUCCUUAUUUCCCUCUGUUUCUCCUCUGUUUUAACUCUGCACCAAAUUAAGCAGAGUGGCCAGAAACCUCUGUUCCGCUUCAUUCUGCUCCGUUCUAUUUCAUUUCAAAAACCACGAUUCUAAUGGAUCCACCACUUAUCUCCAUAUCCGCAUCGAAUUUCAUCCAACCGAAUUAUCCUGACUCGUUAGAGUCUUUAUCACCACGAUCACAACCACCACCACGAUCACGAGAACCGAUGAACGAUGAGCCUCUAGCUAAUGUCCCAAACGCCAAGCUUCGUCUUAUGUGCAGCUACGGAGGCCAUAUAAUGCCGCGUCCUCACGAUAAAUCCCUACUUUAUGUUGGUGGUGAUACUCGAAUAGUGGUGAUCGACCGUAGCUCUUCGUUGAAAGACCUAUGUUCGCGCCUUUCGCGGACAAUUCUUAAUGGAAGACCUUUUACUCUCAAGUACCAGCUUCCAAAUGAAGACCUUGACAGCCUCAUCACUGUCACGACAGAUGAAGAUCUCGACAACAUGAUCGAAGAGUAUGAUCGAAUAUCAUCUUCAUCUUCGACCAUGAAAUCUUCUUCGAGACUCAGAGUGUUUCUGUUCUUCACAAAACCAGAGUCAACACUCUCAAUGGGAUCACUCCUUGAUGAUGCGAAAUCCGAGACAUGGUUUGUUGAUGCACUCAACAACUCGGGGAUUCUCUCGAGGGGUGUCUCGGAUUCAGCAGGAGAUUCUUUCGUGAAUCUUGAUAAUGUUCCUGCUAGCGAUUCAAGCAAUAACUUGGAAGCACAAGGUGUUGGAACAGCAGUAGAGACAUUGAACCUUCUCGAAAACAGCAGCAGCAGCAACAACAAUGUUAAGAAUGUUUUUGAUGUUGUUAAUGUUGUGAACUCAACACCUGGUUCACCAAUGCUGGAAAAUAGUCCAUCUUCAUCUUCUCUGUCUACUUCAAUGGCGAAUUUGCCUCCGAUUCGUGUCCGUGUUGACGAAACCGUUGGUAGUAGGCUUCAACAAGAGAAUAAAGUUGCAAUGAAGCAAGAUGAUGGAUUUGUUGUAUCUUCUGCUAAUGUGGCUAUGGCUGCAAUUCCUGCAACAUUGACUAUGGCUUCAGCUGGUGUUGUUACUACUGCUGUUACUAGUGAUGUUAAUGUGAAUAGGGUUGUUUCUGAUGAUGAGAGAUUAGAGUAUGGAGGAGUCAUUGGAGCUCGAAAACCGCCUUUACCGUUGCAGCUUGUUCAGCCGAGGACUAGUGGUGGUUUGAGUCUUCCAUCACCAGAUUCAGUCACAAGUGAUACUAGUAGUAUUGCAUCUACAAAUUCUUUCUCCAAAAUCAUUUAUCAUCAAGAACAAGUCCAAAUCCAACCUACAAACAUAGACACCAAACCUCAACCUCAAGAUUCUAGUUACAUGUUACCUCAACAAGUGGAUCAAAACCAACAACUCCAACCACCACAACAACAACAACAAUUUGUUCAUUCCAACACUCACUAUAUCCACCACCCUACAUCCACAAAUCAAGUUCCAAUCCCAUCAUACUACCAAGUCUAUCCCCCACAAUCACAACAACAACAGCUUCACAAUCCAAUUGCUCAACAACAAUAUCCAAUCUAUGUAAUGCCAAUUGGAACCACACAACAACAACCAUACAACAUGACAUUGCAACAUUCUCUAAGUGACCCUAAUGUUGUGACCUCUAUUAGGCCACUAAUACCUCAAAGUGGAACUCCACCAAUUUACCCUAAUAAAUCACCUAACCCUAAUGUGCCAUCCAAUUCAACAUUUGUUCAAGUUCCUUCAAAUCAAUUUCAACAACAAUUUGUUGGUUUGCCUCAAUUCCAUCAUCAACCACAACAUCCAAUCAAUGUAGCUCCUUCUAGUGGUACUAACUAUGGUUAUGAGUAUGGUGGCAAUGUGGAAGGUCAAGUGUACUAUACUCAACAAACAACUAAUGCUCCUUUGGUUACUCAGUACCAAUCCAUGACCCCUGCAGCUGCUGCUGCAGCAUUAUCUGAUGCUUCAAAUCAGUUUCCUGCAGAUAAUGUUCAGCAAUCAAAUAGAACUUCGCAGCCGGUUUAAAUCGGAUCUUGAUUCACUGCAGUCACAAAUUUGGAGCCUAGUUUUCUACAUGAAAAAUAAGCAUAGUUUAAUUUUAUUUUUGUUUAUAUGAACUUAUGAAGAUGAAUGACAUGUAAGAUCAUAUUUUGAAUAAAACAAGUUGUUGCCAUUAGCCUUA